AAAAAACUCUAAUCAAUAUAAUUGAUCAUCAAUUCAAUUGACACUUUCGCUUGUUGUUAAUUGUUUUUUUUUUAAUUGCUCUUUUUGCUUAAUUAACUUAGAUUAGUGUUUUUAUUAUUGCUUUUCGCACAAGUUGUUGACAUCAAACAUACUAAUGGAACAAGGAUCAAGUGGUCAACCUUUCUAUCUAAAUGACUCUGAUUCUUGUACUGUUGAUCAGAUAAAGACAAGUGACCUCAGGUCAUUAGGAGACAAUGUUAAAUUACUAGCAGUUAUACAAAAUCUCAGUCAUGAUUUAGUAACAAAAAGUGAAAACACCUACAAAAAAUUGGAUGAAAUUCAGAGAGAAACUGAGAUAAAAUCGGUGGGCGUUAAGAACCUUAUCAAUGAAUUUCAGAUGUUAGCUGACUCACAAUUCAUCGAGAAUCGGAUCUAUGAUGCUGAUGAAAGUGACUCACCACCAGAAGAGUUUAAUAAGAAUAUUAUUGAUGAAGAAAAUAACAAAACACCAGCAGAUCAGAAGAUAUUACCAAUAAUUCAUGAGUGUAUCUCACAUAGUCUCAAGUUUAUCGACGAAAAUUUCAACUUUAAUGAUAAACCGUUGAAACAAACAUCCGCUGAAUCGGAUGACGAAGAAGAUUAUGUCAAAGAAACACUAGCUAGAGCUAUGGAGAGUAAUCCUUUCAAUAGAACACCUUUACCUGCUAUUAUUGGAAGUAAAGCGUUUUUUAGUCAGAACAUUUUCGAUGGUGGUGAAAAUCAUACUGAGAACAAUCAAAACGACAACAAUUCUACAAUUUCAUCUGACAGAAAGUCAAGUUUACAAAGUGAUAAUGAAGAAGAAGACGACGAGACACUUUUCUCUCCAAGCAAAGGUGUCUCAAUUCAACAUGGAAUCAUUCCUCCACCCCCACCCUUACCGAAUUUUUCAUAUUUCGCCGAUAGUAGAAAAGAUAUUGAAGAUGACGAAGAUGACGAGGAUGAAGAAUUAUUCAAACAAACUGAAACUGAGCCGAAAAGUUUACAAGGGAAACUCCCUGAAAUUAAACCAAAUCAGAGCUGGAAUCAUGAAAGUGACCAUGAUAGUGAUGAUUCAGAUGAUCUUUUCAAACCUCCGCCUCAAAUGAAUCCCAGAAAGAGUUUGGAGUCAACAAAAUUUCACCAACACCAACACCAAACCAAUCAACAUCUAAAUCACCGGAAGCAUUCAAGCCGUUAAUCACUGCU